AUCGGGGCCGGCCCCACCGGGCUCACGGCCGCGCUCGCGCUCGCGCAGCACGGCGUCCCCGUGCGGCUCAUCGAGCGCGACGCCGCGUUCCACCAGAUGUCGCGCGGGAGCGGCGUGCACGCGCGCACCGUCGAGAUGUUCCGCCUGCUCGGCGUCCACCCCGCGUUCGCGCGCACCGCGGCGCACCACCCGCCGACCCGCGCGUACGCGCUCCCGGAGGGGCGCCGCGUCGUGCGCGAGUGGCACAUCUUGGAGGAGCCGGUGAUCACGCCGGACCGGCCCUACGUGCACUUGCAGGGGCACGCAAUGAUCAGCCAGUUCCAGACGCAGGGGAUCUUGAGGGCGGAGCUGGAGAAAUACGGCGUCCGGGUCGAGCUUGGCGUCGAGCUCGUCGGGCUCGAGCAGCGCGAGGGCGAGGUCGUCGCGACGGUGCGCAGGGUGGGCGCGGUGGAGGAGCAAAUUCACGCCGCGUACGUAGUCGGCGCUGAUGGGGCUAAAGGCAAGUGGACUGCACGGGCGUCGAGGCCGACACGCAAGGCCAUCGGGGCAAAGUUCGAAGGAGAGACGCAGGACGGGGCGGGAGCCGUGUGGGCGGAGGCGGACGUCGAGGGUGAGGGCAUCACCACGGAGUAUUGGCAUAUGUGGUCAAAGCCAGGAGAGGCCGCGGUGUCGAUGCGCCCCAAGGGAAGCGCGCCGGGGUACCACAUCGGCUUGAUUGGCCUCAGCUUUGACCCGAUCGGGUUGGAUGAGAGCCCGGAGAAGUUCAUCGAAGCGGUGCACAACCUGACGGGUCGCAAGGACCUGGUGUUCAAGGACCUGCACACGUUGAUGUAUUGGAGACCGAGCGUUCGCAUGGUCGACAAGAUGUCCGAAGGACGCGUCUUCAUCGCUGGAGACGCUGCGCACGUCCACCCCCCAACAGGCGGCCAAGGUUUGAACACCGGAAUCCUGGACGCCAUGAACCUCGCAUGGAAGCUGGCGCUCGCGUACAGGGGCCAUGCGUCGGCCACGCUGCUGGCCUCGUACGAGGCGGAGCGGCUCCCGGUCAUCCUCCAGAUGCUGAUGACCACGUCCGGGUUCUGGAAGGACGCGGGCAAGGGCGGUGACUUCCAGUGGCAGAACGCAGCGUUGACGCAGCUCGAGGUGAACUACCGCUGGAGUGCCGCCGUGCGCGACCGGCGUGGGCCGAGCGCAGCGGACGAGGACAUGAAGGCGCUCGCAUAUGCGGGGUACGGCCGUGAGGCUGGGGUGCGUGCGGGGGACCGCGCGCCCGAGGUGGCUGGGCUGGUCGACGGGACCGGCGCCGAAACGUCGCUAUAUGCGCUCUUGAAGUCGACAGAGCACACUGUGCUCGUGCGCGCGGGCGGGGACGGUGAGCAGGUGGUGGACGUGGUGAAGGCCGUCGAGGCGUUGCCGGCGGGGACUGCACAGGUUGUCAUCGUUGGCCAAGAGCGCACGCCGAGUGCGAUGUGGGGCGCGACGAGGGUGUAUCACGACAAGGAAGGCUGGGUGGAACGUGGGUAUGGGGGCAGAGACGCGCCGUGUGUGGUGGUGGUGCGGCCGGAUGGCUAUGUUGGGGCGAUGGUGGACGGCGGGGCAGGUGUGGGGGACUAUUUCGCGAACAUCAUGCUGUAG